UUUAUAGUGGAGAAUCAUCAGCCACGGUUGCGGGUCAACACAGCCACAGCAGCCCUAAAGCAAACCAUCAAACACCUGUGAUAUUGAAUGCCUAGAAGCUCAACCAGAAAGUUUCCGAGUCGUCACAGCAAGCCCCCCGCCGAAUCGCGCUCCAUCAAGUGCUACGACUGCAUUCACUAAAAUCUCCCCUGCAUUCGCAUGUGGAAACCAUAUCGUCAACAACAAACAACAUGAAUUCCGAAAGUGUCAAAGCCGAGGUCAUCAAGCAAGUCCGCACGCAAUAUGCGAUGAACAACGCCAGAGAGUUGAUCGAGAAAGUCAAUGAGCACUGCUUCCAGAAAUGUAUACCGAAGCCGGGGUCCUCAUUAUCCAGCGGCGAGCAGAUCUGUUUCACCCAGUGCAUGGAGAAGUACAUGUCAGCAUGGAACCAAGUCAGCACAACAUAUAUCAAGCGGUUGCAGCGGGAACAAUAAUGCACACACAACUUCGAUGCAGGGGCGAGGUAGAUAAACCAAAACAUAAAUCUCCAUCGAUCAUUGUAUAUUACAGGGAGUGUACGGCAUACAAUCAUGGUCAGGCAUUGCAAAAAGGGUAACAACAUACAGUGUUGGGAAUAUAAAGUACGACACUACAGGUUGUGAACUUGAGUACUGCACUGACGGCCCGAGACGAUUCUGAAAGGAGCACUAGGA